CACGACUCCAGAGGAAUUUCGCCUGUCCUUUGUUUCCGCCGGGUUCCUUUUCGGGGUGGGCGCGAGAGCCGAAGAGGAGGCCGAGAAGGAGGCGGACGGAGAGAUGUCGGAGCCGGCCACAAACCCCGCUGCCACCUCUUUCUCAGCACCCACAAUUUCCUUGCCUUUGGGACUGGAAGUGUUGAGGACUUACUCUGGUGCUCUUUUCUGCUUUGAAAUAUUUUUUGGUGGGUUAGUAUGGAUCCUGGUGGCUUCCUCCAAUGUGCCGGUCCCUCUGCUGCAAGGCUGGGUGAUGUUCGUGUCGGUCACCGCCUUCUUCCUCUCCUCCACGUACCUCCUCCUCCUCCUCACCGGCCUGGCCGACCGCAUCAGAAUUGACUGGAAUUUUACGGAUGUUUUUUACCAUUUUAUAGCUCUGCUUUUCUAUUUUGCCGCCUUCGUGCUGGAGGCGGCGGCGACGGCGGCCAACGGGGGAGCCGUCAUCGCGCCCCUACCCAACAGCACCGGGACUGUAAUGUGCAUACACUACCCGCGGGGAAAUGUAUUCACUGUGCUGACCGCCAACCAGUACAGUAUCAACGUCGUCGCGACGAUAUUCGCAUUCGUGGUGACGCUUUGCUACGGCUGCAGUUUGGUGAUGGCCUUCAAGAGAUGGAGAAUCUAACUCGCAACUCAAAAGGAUUUUUCACGACGGCAUCACGGAGACUUGGAAUUGGAGCGCCCAGUUUGUCAUUGUUGUGUCUGUGUUUGUGUGGACUUUGGUCAUUACUGAGUGACCCAUGACUUUUCUGAGGCCUUCACUUCUCAAACAGAGUCGAGUAGAGUCGUGCGGCGGUGUGACAAAAAAAAUAAUAAUAUUGGGUCAUACAUAAGUAAUGUUAGUGAUACUUAUGCAACGAGCUUUUUAUUCACAUCAACGCUGUAACUUCCGUUUUCUACAGGAUUCACAUCCUCACUUCAGGGAAUAUUUCCCAAUUCCAAAACUGCAAAAUCUCACCUCGUGCGCCACUUUUUUUUUUUUUUUUGGCUUUCACGCUCAACAGAAGCUUCGCACGCUUGCACAUUUUCGUGCGAAGGUCUUGUGAUGCAAAGGAAAUGGAAACUCAAUUCGCGUUCGACAUCCACUUCAUGCAUUGUGAUAUACUGAUAGUAUAAUUGAAUAUAUAAGUUCAUUUUGUUAGAUGACAUCACUGUCUAUUCUUAAUAUGUAGAAUUCAACAUACAAACCUACCAAAGUUGGCGUUUUAAAGAAUAUUAAACAUAACCUGCAUUGUUAUCUCUGUAUGUAUUCAUAGUUAAUUAGAUGGCAUCAUCAUCAUGUAGCUUCUCCUUAACGUGUAGGAUGGAACACUCAAACUUGCCAAAAUUGGUGUAAUUUAAAGAAUUUUAACAUACAGUAGCCUACACUGUUAUUUCUAUGGAUAUUAAAAGUCAAUUCACAUUAAGAAUAAAAAAAAAAUGUUCAUAAAUAA